AAGUGAAUUGAUUUGACAGUAAUUUGACAGUAAUCUCGCUGUCAACAAUUUCAAUAAACAUCGAAACAAAACUGAGUCAACAUUCGCAAGAAAAUGUCGAAAAUGGAAGAAGGAAUGGCCCACAUUCGGCAGGCCGAAAAAAGUUUGAAAACAUCGCUCCUAAAGUGGAGACCUGAUUUUGAAAUAGCUGCCGAUGAAUACUCCCACGCCGCAACCUGCUUCCGGAACGCAAAGGCUUUUCAACAAUGUAAAGAAUGCCUAUUGAAGGCCUCCGAUUGCCACAAACAAAACAGAUCAUGGUUCCACGCGGCAAAGAGCAUUGAGCAAGCAGUACUGGUGUGCAAGGAACUAGGAAAUUUAUCAGAAGUACCAAAACUUGCGCAUUCUGCCUGUACAUUGUAUCAACAACACGGUUCGCCUGAAUCGGGUGCCACAGUUUUGGACAAAGCAGCCAAAUUGUUGGAAUCAACCGAACCUGAACAAGCAUUAGAGCUAUUCAAGCGAGCAGCAGACGUAGUUAUGGGUGAAGACAGUCCACGACAAGCGGCUGAAUAUAUGAGCAAAGUGGCUAGAAUCUUGGUCAAAUUAAGGAUGUACGACCAAGCCGCGGACGCAGUUCGAAGGGAAAUUGGAAUGCAUCAACAAAUAGAUCACACUCCGUCUGUGGGAAGAUUAGCCGUAGCCCUUGUCUUGGUACAACUUGCACGAGGAGAUCAAGUCGCGGCAGAAAAGGCUUUCAAAGAAUGGGGAAACUAUUGCGACGCGCCCGAGGUCCAGACACUGGAGAUGUUACUACAAGCCUAUGACAACGAGGACGCCGAUUCCGCGAGGUCCGCUUUGAACAGUCCGUUCAUUAAGCACAUGGACAUCGAGUACGCCAAGCUAGCAAGAGGGCUUCCACUCCCUCAGGUAGAAUACGCAGUCCCACCAGCGGGUGUGAGACCAAACGCGACGGCCUCUUACAUUUCUCCAAACGCUACUAAACUGACUAGCCAAGCCACGAUUGAGGCGGAAGUUAAUCAAGUAGAAAACGCAGCCCCAGCUAAAGCCACAACCGGAGCUGUGCCAAGAGCAGAAGGACUCGAGGACGUUGCGCCGUCGAGUCCCUCGCAAAAGCCGAAUCAAAGUCCUCCCAAAGAAGAAGAACCGGAGGACGAUUACGAAGGGGGACUAUGCUGAUUUGAUUAAUACCAAUCAAAGUUAUUCCCUAGGUACCAGAUUCCGUAGUAGAUGAAUUAGUUACAGAUCCCUAGUGGUUAUUAUUUAUUAACUAUUAGCUAACUCAUAUCUUCCGCUACAAUCUGCAUUUAUACUGAAUAACUAUAUAGUGUAUACGUUAUCGAGUCGCUUCUAUUACCUAUCAAUCAAAUGGCACAGACGGCGUAAAAUAUAUAUAUACCUAUUUAACGAGAAAAUAAA